AACAGCGCCGCAAAACUCAAAACACAAGCGCAGCAGAUCCAAUCGAAGUCGAGCGGAGAACGAUGUCGUCGACGCCGGUAGUAGGGCACGAGAAGGAGGCGGAGGCGACGCCGGAAUCAGGGCACAGGAAGGAGGCGGCAGCGGAGGAUGAGGUUACCUUAACGCCGGUGAAGCCCGAGGCGGCGGCGGAAGGGAAGAGAGCCUACAUCCACAUCAAGGUAACGAGCCAGACUUUCCCGGACGCCUUCGUCCGCGCCAAGCGCAAAGUCGUGCUGAGCCGCGUCAUGGACAUGUACUGCGACAAGCACUGGCUUAAUCCGGAAGCCGUCGUGUUCCUGAACGACGAGGGCAAGCGCAUCAGGCCCUCGCAAACGGCGGAGGAGGCCGGCUUGGAUGACGGCGAGUAUAUCAGCGUCCACAUCGCCCAGCUCGGCGGCUCCGGCCGUGCUUCGGCCUAGUUGUUUUCAUGCGUAUGCGUGAACCUUAUGAGCAGUUAGUUCUCUGCUCCUCGCUUUGGAUCGGGCUUAUUGUUCUUGAAAAAUAGUUUGCUUGGGCUGCA